AUGUCUGCAAUCGAUGUCGUCGCAAUCCCAGCUGCUGUCAAUUACGUCACCUUCGACAACCUCAACCUUGGUCGCUCAUCCCAACAAGUCGUUGGCCGGCUUCUGCGCUUCUGGGAUGCUAAGAAUGUCAAAAAGGAUGGUGAAUUCAUGGGCAUAGUGCUCCUCCUGCUCGACGAGAAGUUAUCCAUGGCUUCAUCCCAGCAAACCGGGCCAACGACUACCGUCACCUGUUACAGGAGGGUUUCAUAUUCAAUUGCAAGGUGCACAAAACUCUACAAAAUCACCGACCACCCGUUUGUCAUUCGUUUCCUCCCUGCCACAACCAUUACCAAAAUUGCACCUGAGAAGUUCAUGCUCCGGAAAGUGGACCACCUACAGGAGUUAGCAAACACUAACCUCGAACUACAAGAUGUCGUUGGCCAAAUCCGUUAUGUCCAAGGCUCCAACUUAAUGGAUCCAACUUUCACCCAGCGUCUGGUUAUCCGAUUCCUAAUGGAUUCCUCCGUCAAAUGUCUCCUUAUCACUUUGGGAUGA